AUGAGUGGGCAAAGCGAAAAAGAUUCUACUAUUUCUCCAAAACGAAAAAAUCCAAAUGGAAAAUAUGUACUCAGUCGCCAAAAAAUUAUUAUCGUUAAUUUGCACAAAGAUGCUCUGUCAAAGAAUCCAGAUAUAAAUUAUACUGAUUUGUAUGACAAUAUGUCAAAAGCCACUGGUAUAGGCUAUCGUACAAUCAAGGAUACCAUCAACGAGUACAGGAAGACAAGUACAGUGAAAUCUCCCAACAAGAAGAGAGUAAAGACAUCGCUUUUUGAUAAAACCGAUGAUCUUGAUCGCAAUGGACUACAUACGUCAAAAGAUCCAACACUCCCCAACUUCAAACGUACCACAUUAUACAAUAUUAUAAAAAAAUUAGAUUUCGUGUUCACAAAGAGAAAAAGAUGUAGUGUGUUAACGGAAAGGAACGAUUUAAUUAAUUGGCGCCGCAACUAUUUAUACGAUAUCCGAAAAUAUCGUGGCGAAGGUAAAUCUAUAUAUUAUUUAGAUGAGACGUGGUUGAACGUCGGUGAUUGUGUAGACCGUGUGUGGGUAGAUACAACGAUACAAUCAAAACAGGAUGCAUUUAACAAAGGCCUAACCACCGGCCCGAAAAACCUGACUGGUAAGGGACAACGAUUGAUUGUACUACAUAUAGGUUCAGACAUGGGUUUCCUCGAAGGCGGCCUAUUAUGUUUUGUAUCAAAAAAAAAUAGUGCCGACUAUCAUGACGAAAUGAACGGCGAUACAUUUAAAGACUGGUUUGUAUCUAUUCUACCUCGGCUACACCCAAAUUCUAUUGUGGUGAUGGACAAUGCACCGUACAAUUCCGUUCAAACUGAAAAAUAUCCAACUUCCAAUUCAAAAAAAGCUGACAUUUUGGAGUGGCUUAAUUCUAAAGGUAUCACUUUCGAUAGACCAUUGUUAAAGGCUCAACUUCUAACUAAAGUACAAGAGUUAAAACCACGUACAAAAUCCUACGUUAUUGACAAUCUUGCAAAAUACGCUGGACACACCGUACUCCGAUUACCACCGUACCAUUGCGAAUUCAAUCCAAUUGAAUUAGCGUGGGCGAUGGUAAAAGGGUACGUGAAACAAGAAAAUACAAUGUACAAGAUCGACGACGUUCGCCAACUUUUGAAUUCGGCAAUUGAACGAGUAACGGCAGAAAACUGGAAAAUUUUUAUAAAACAUGUCAUCGACGAAGAAGAUAAAGUUUGGAAAGUUGACGACAUCAUGGAUGAAAUAAUCGACGAAAUGGAACCAUGUAUUUUGACGAUUACAGGAGACACUGAUUAUUCUUCUGAAUAA